CUGGGAGAGAUGAAGAUGUCGAUCCCGUUCUCCAGCACCACUCCGAGGCUGCCUCCCGGCUUCCGGAACCUGCUGGAGGGGCUGGUAAAGGAGGUGCUGCGGGUGCAGCCCCCCGACAUAGUGGGUUUUGCUGCUCAGCACUUCCAAACGCUGCUGGAGCAGAGAGAGGCCACCUCGGCUGACCCGGUGGUGUGGGGAGCCCAGCUGGAGGAGCUUCAAUCCCAUGCCUCUUCCCAGGAGCCAGAGGAGGACAAGGACAAGGAGAAGGGCAAGGAGGAGGCUGGUGGUGCUGCACCCACGGAGGGAGCCUGCACGAAGCUGGACGAGGACAUCCUGGAUAUCCCUUUGGACGAUCCCGAUGCCAACGCGGCGGCCGCCAAGAUCCAGGCCAGUUUCCGUGGCCAUAUGACCCGUAAGAAGAUCAAAGGGGGGGAGAUCGAUCGGAAAACCAAGGACGCCGAGUGCGCCAACAGCACCCGCGGCGGCGACCUCCGCAACGGCGACUAGGCUCCUCCCGCCGCCCCCGGACCCCCCCCUCCUCAGCCAACGUCGCCCGCCGAGGCCCCGGAGCCGCUUCUCGCCCCGUCCCCCGCAUGCGCCCGCCGGGGCCCCCCCGCAGCCCGGCCCCGCCCCCCCGGAGCCCCAGACCCCAAUAAAGGUUCCUGCGGA